AUGGGCGUAUAUCUACCGCCUGAUGGAUCUAAAAAUCCGUCUACCAAUUUACCCCGAGCAUCGAACUCGGGGGAGAAUGGAAACGAUUCCGCAAAAUUCUAUGUGAGGCCGAGCCUUGGGCUAAAGCUUUGGGGGCCUCUGGUUCCCGCGUCGGACAAUCGAAUCGGCCUAUGGACUCUCAUUAGCAUACAAACAGCCGUGGGACUUUUAUGCAUGAGCAGGUUUAGAUCACUUGGAAAUGGCAUAAUAAAGAAGGACAUAUCUCAAAUACCGAGUCUGAAUAGAUUUUCAACAACGCAUGGCAAAGUGUACAUGGCCGCCCACGGGCCAACCACCUUCGGUGGUACCCACUCUUUUCGCAUAAGUGAUGCAGGUAGACUGAGCUUUUUCAAUUCUCCCCGCUUCAUGGCCAUCAAGAGGUCGUUGUACCUUCUAGGUGGUUCGAUUUUGUUAAGUCAGUCUCUUCUAGAGACUUGCAGAUUGACAAUUUUAAAGUACGAUCCAUGGUACGAAGAGGCGCGUUCGGUACGUGACAAGCAGUUUUUCAAUGAUAUCAUAAAGUUUUAUCACGAAGGAGUUGACGCUACAAAAUUUAAAGUCAAGGACGCCACUAGCGGGAACGUGCUGCCCCUAAAUAUCCCAGAAGUUAAACAAAGUGUGGCAGUAGCACGCGCAACGACCGAAGCAGACACUUGGGUAAGUCAAUGGUACGGACCUCUUAAUUUUAAACCUAUGUCUUUUUCGGAGUUCCUCGACAAAAUAGAAUAUCACCUCGAAAUGGUCGAUUUUCUUAGGGACAAACGCACCAAAGACGUGGCAGCUAAGCUCUUAGGAAAGCAACUGCACCAAGAUGAUGCGGAAAAGAUAGCUCUCAAGAAAGGGAAUAAAGAAAGUCGAGAAAGGAUCUACGAAUUAGUCAAGAACGCGCCAAAAAAUAGUAUGCAUCAGAUCUUUUCAAGACCAACAGGUGCAAAUGGCAUUAUGCUCGGCCCUGAAGUACACAAUGCCGAUGAAAUCGACCUUUCGGAAACAUGGUCAACCUUUAGCCCAUGGCUAGAUUUAGCACUAGAGACGUCUUUGAGCAUCAAAUUUCUUCCCACGGUGUUAAUGUCAGAAGACGACGCCGCCAAUAAGGCUCAAUCGAAACCUGAUGAUGACCAAAACGAUAGGGAGGUGACAGGCAACUAA